GAAAAAAAAACCUGAGUUGAAGUCUGAUUGACAGUGGAAAGAGCCCAGAGCUGGGGAGCUGGCUCUGCCUAGAGCUGAUAAACAUGCAACAGGGUCUGCUCCUCGCUCUCAUCUUUACCUUGGAUGCUGCUGAGCCCAAACGUUGCUGUUCAGUGGAUUAACCAGGACUAAGGAUGCGCUGGAUGAGGUGGCUGCGAUUGCUGCCUUUUACCAGCCACCAUGGGAUGAAAACAGCUGCUCAGUGCUUGGUGUCCCGGCAGGGAAUGCUGACCUCUCUAGGAAAGGAUCCACAGCAAGGAAGCAAGCAGUGUGACACACAGCCUGUUUUCUAAUAGCAAGAUUUGUGCCAAUAAAUAUAAUAAAUCAGAUCGCUCAGCACUGCCUUGCAGAGGCUGCUUUUAAUCCCAAGCGUUUACUGAUCCUGAGAUCACCAGAGAUCACAAACGCUGAUCACAAGAGCAAUGUGCGGCUGCAGAGCCAGCAUCCCCAGCACCAAGCAUUACUCUGUCAACCCUGCGCCCACCACGAAGAGCCCUCCAGCUGCAGCAGGCAUGCCCAAGCGCAUACCCAUAACCAAGCAGCUGGCAUCAAUAAAAGCUCUAGAAAAAGGCUCAGACCUUGAAAAAGCUUUUGCUACUGCUGCACUAGUGUAUAACAACUCUGCUGACCCUGAGGGCAAACUCAGCAAAGCUGAAACCAAGAGCCUGCUGCAAACCCAGUUUUCAAGAUUCAUACAGGGCCAGGAAAACAAGCCGAAGUACCAGGAAAUUAUUUCUGCCCUGGAUGAGGAGCCAGAGAAGAAAAUUGAUUUUGAAGAUUUCAUGAUCUCGCUGGUCAGCCUCGCUCUGCUGUCUGACCUGCUGCAGGAGAUCAAAAACGUGAAAUCCACGAAAUGAUGAGUGCUUUGUAAGGAAAGCAGGGGUGAAAUGCACACAGAGAUAACACUGAGUGCUGCAUCCCUUCUGCUCUUGCCUUUGAAAUGGAAUAAAGCCUUGCCCAAAGCA